AUGUGGUUCGAGGCUUCUUUUACGCUGCUCUUGCUUUUCUCCAGCCAUGUCAAUGGUGCACCAAACAGGGAGAAAUACAUGCCAGUCCAGAGGUCCGCAAACCACCCGGCUCUGGCUCCCAUCGUGAAUCUUGGUUACUCCAAGUACCAGGGGAUUGUUCUAGACUCCGGUGUCAAUGAGUACCUGGGCAUGCGCUAUGCUGAGCCACCAGUCGGAAAUCUGCGAUGGCGAGCUCCGCAAGAUCUGCGUCGAACCAACAUGACAGUGCAGAAUGCCACCCAGGUGGGACCAAGUUGUCUCGGAAAUUCCGCGCCCAGUCCAUAUAGCGAUGCAGAGGAAGAUUGUCUGUUUGUCAACGUCUUCACUCCCUCAGAUGCUACGCCGGCGUCCAAUCUCCCCGUCUGGUUCUUCAUCCAGGGCGGGGGCUUUGCGGCCAAUACGGACCCGAACGUCAAUGGUACCGAAAUCGUAAAAAGAUCUAAUAACAGUAUCGUCUUUGUCACCGUCAACUAUCGCGUCGGUGCCUUUGGGUUUCUGGCGAGUGAAUUGAUCCGGAGAAACGGAGACCUGAAUGUUGGAUUGUUGGAUCAGAGAAAGGCUCUGCGAUGGGUGCAGCGGUAUAUCAGGCUCUUUGGAGGAAAUCCUAACCAUGUUGUCAUUCAUGGCGAUUCCGCCGGAGCAGGGUCCGUUGCUCUCCAUAUGACUGCCUAUGGAGGCCGCGAUGAUGGCCUAUUCAUUGGCGGCAUUUGCGAGUCACCCUUCUUCCCGACACAUCGAACCGUAAAUGAAUCCGAGUUCCAGUUCCAAAGGUUCAUCACCAGUGUGGGCUGCCUUAAUGCGACGGAUCCCAUCGCAUGUCUUCGCUCCAAGGACACAGCAACCCUGCAAUCGGCAGACGUCCUAUCGCCAUUCCCAGGGGCAAAAGGACUUCCAGACUGGUCAUUCCUGCCGGUCGUCGAUGGGACUUUCUCCCAGGACCGUCUUUACACGCUCUUCCAACAGGGGAAGAUGGCCAGAGUACCCACGAUAGUCGGGGACGACACCGAUGAAGGAACUUAUUUCGCGGCCAACGCGUCCACAUCGGCAGAAUUCCUGGAAUUUAUACGCAGCAACUACCCCAGUCUCAGCAACAAUGACCUGGAGUGCAUCAAGAAAACCUAUCCAUUAAUGGCGCCCUUGGAGUCGCGCGCGGCCUGGUUCCCCUCCGCAGCAGCAGCAUACGGCGAUGCAACAUUCACCUGUCCCGGCCUGGAGAUUUCUCGAUCAAUGGCAAAAUACCUGAGCCCAGACAAUACGUGGAACUAUCGCUACAACGUCAUGGACUGGGACAACAUCCGGUGGGGGCUCGGAGUGCCGCAUGUCUUUGAAAUGCCAGCCAUCUUUGGCGUUGGCAUGACCAAGCCAUGCGUUAAUUGCUCGUAUAGCACCUACAACUCUCCCAUUGUCCCGAUCGUUAUGGAUUACUGGAUCAGCUUCAUCAAGGGAUUGGAUCCGAAUCGAUACCGGAACCCGGAUGCGCCGUAUUGGCACCCUUUUGGGCAGGAGCAGGGGCAGGAGCGUAGAUUAAAAUUUCAGACGAAUGCCACUGCUAUGGAGGGUAUCCCGCAGUAUCAACGAGAUAGAUGUUCCCUGUGGAAGAGCAUGGUUUCCAGAACAGAGCAGUGA